AUGUCAAAUGGGCUGAGCGCUACUCGCAAGGUCUUGGGAAGGGGGAGGCGAGGGGGAGGGAUUGACUGGCAGCAGGUGACACAGUCGGACGCGCUUGUGCUGUCAUGGGAAGGAGAACGGCAGACCGAGGAGAGGAACCUGCAAGAGAUUUCUUUGAGGAUGAGUCUGGUCUUGGAGGACGAGGACGAGGACGGGGACUAUGGAGGUGGAGAUGAGGGAUACACUGAUAUGAUGUCAAAACUUGUCUUCACAAACAGGACUGUCGCAAAGGUGGUCAGAGUGCCGGCGAGGAAACAGUUGGUCUACCUUCUCGUCGCUCGUUUGCUGAUUGUUCUUGCUUCUCCUAGUCGUGUCAGCCCCACAUGCUCCAACAUCUUCCUCGACAUCGGCACAAACGACGGGUCAAGCAUACGGCGAUUCUUGCGUCCUGAGGCUUGGAAACUUCGGCACAUUCAAACGUUCGUGUCAGUCUCUGGGGUUUACGGCGGCUCCUCGUCCCCGCUGCUCACUCUCUUCUCCGGCAAGUGGGGCUCGCUGAUCCCGAGCAUCCUUCAGCCCUUCAGCCUCAAGACGGUUUGGAUACGCACCAAGUCAAGAAACUUCACCGCAUCUGAGCUUCCCGAGGCUCUCGAGCUAGCAGGAGCGUACUUCUCCGCAAACCGAACGCGAGCAUUCGCAUCCCUCGCAGGUCAAGCGCUCGCGCCAAACGUGACGACUUUCUGCUUUUUUGGAGCAAAACUUCCGACAAUCGAAGCGCUUGAAUGGAACGAGGAGGAGCUGAGAAGCCCUCCUGACUCCGCCAGCAUGGGCAUGGGGGAUGGGACGGUACUGGCUGAAAGCCUCUCAGCUUGCAUGGAGUGGGCGAAAGUUCAACGAAUGCCAGUGAAGAACGUGACUUGGGACUACGUGGCUCACACAGAUAUGCUCAAGUGGCCGCCAGUCUUCAAGAAAUUCUUUGAGAUACUCGUGGGGUGA